AUGUUCGAUUCUUCCCAUAUAAGCAAUGGUCCCCACAGGCUGUUUGCCACUCCCAAGCUGGGAGACGGAAAAUUGCACCAGAAAAAUGGGGACUAUGGGAGUAAAGCUAUGUACAGGAAAAACAUGCUUGCAGCUAGCAAUUUCACAGGCUAUCCAACUGGAGGGCAAAAGAUACAUGUUUCACUUUAUUUAUCCUUGUCCCUUCUUCAAGAAGAAACUAAACUGCUAUACAAAUGGGGGGAACUACCUGUAGUUGCAGGACAACGUUGUCUCCUUCAUAUGUACAAGCUGGAACAUAUACUGCAAAUAAUUCUGGUAGCCCACUGCUACAAAGGUAACCAUGGCCACCACAUAACUUCCGGCAUUCUUCAAUGCCGUCCUGUGGCAAGAAGCAAAGGAUGA